AGGUUGAGAGAAUUGUGGACAAACGGAAGAACAAGAAGGGAAAGAUGGAGUACCUGGUGCGGUGGAGGGGCUAUGGCUACGAGGGGGACACCUGGGAGCCCGAGAUGCAACUCUCUGCCUGUGUGGAGUUCAUCCACGAUUUUAAUCGGCAACACAGUGAAAGACAGAGAGACGGCACAUUACUGCGCUCCACUCGAAGCACGGCCCACAGCUACAGUUCGAGAAACAACGCCCGCAAGCAGAUCUGCAGGCCUCAGCCACACAGUGGCAACAGUGGAGCAGGAAGCCAAGCUCUAGUAAAACCCGGGAAUGCCCCUUCGCCCCCCACAGCAGCUAUGGCCAUCUCCAAACAGUUGCCACCACUUGACACUGGCAUGGCAGACGCUAAAACGAACAUACAGCAGCUUAACUUGAGCCAAAAGUACAGCGUUUCGGCCACCGGUGCCAUUUGUAGCCCGGGCUUCACAAGUGGGCCUGCGGCUUCUCCGGUGGGCACGGUGCGUCGGAGCAUGGACCUGGCCAAGUCCGGGAUCAAAAUCCUGGUACCCAAAAGCCCCAUGAGCAGCCGGGCGGACUCUGAGGAGUCGCCUAGCGAGGCGGCCCACUGUCUGGAUCAAGGGGGGCAGGAGCAGGACUCGGUGCCCCCAGAGGUGGCCCUUUUGGAGAAGCCUCCGGGGUUGCUGCUGGGGCCUGGGGAAGAAAGGGCGCGCAUGGGGACCCGGCCCAGGACUCAAAGCCCAUUAAUCCCUCAGCAAGUCCCCAUAACACCUGCAUCCAUACGCACGCUCAAUGGGAAAGGUAAGGCUCUAGGGCGAUUCCACGCCAGGUGAAAAUAUUUUCGGUAUCUCACAUAGAAACUUCAUUGGGAGGAAGGAUGUUUGAAAUGCUUUUUACAUUUGUAUCACCAGCCACUUUAUUUAAUUUUUUUAUUAUGAUGAAAGUGGCCAUUUUAGGCCCUUUUUAGACAUACAGUACCAGUCAAGUUUGGACACCUACUCAUUCAAGGGUUUUUCUUUAUUUUUACUAUUUUCUACAUUGUAGAAUAAUAGUGAAGACAUCAAAACUAUGAAAUAACACAUAUGGAAUCAUGUAGUAACCAAAAAAGUGUUAAACAAAUCAAAAUAUAUUUUAGAUUCUUCAAAGUAGCCACCCUUUACCUUGAUGACAGCUUUGCACCCUCUUGGCAUUCUUUCAACCAGCUUCACCUGGAAUGCUUUUCCAACAGUCUUGAAGGAGUUCCCACAUAUGUUGAGCACUGGUUGGCUGCUUUUCCUUCACGCUGCGUUCCAACUCUUCCCAAACCAUCUCAAUUGGGUUGAGGUCGGGGAUUGUGGAGGCCAGGUCAUCUGAUACAGCACUCCAUCACUCUCCUCCUUGGUCAAAUAGCCCUUACACAGCCUGGAGGUGGGUUUUGGGUCAUUGUCCUGUUGAAAAACAAAUGAUAGUCCCACUAAGCCCAAACCAGAUGGGAUGGCGUAUCGCUGCAGAAUGCUGUGGUAGCCAUGCUGGUUAAGUGUGCCUUGAAUUCUAAAUAAAUCAGACAGUGUCACCAACAAAGCACCAUAACACCUGCUCCUCCAUGCUUUACGGUGGGAAAUACACACGCGGAGAUAAUUCGUUCACACACACAGCGUCUCACAAAGACACAGCGGUUGGAACCAAAAAUCUCCAAUUUGGACUCCAGACCAAAGGACAUAUUUCCACUGGUCUAAUGUCCAUUGCUCGUGUUUCUUGGCCCAAGCAAGUCUCUUCUUAUUGGUGUCCUUUAGUAGUGGUUUCUUUGCAGCAAUUCGACCAUGAAGGCCUGAUUCACGCAGUCUCCUCUGAACAGUUGAUGUUGAGAUGUGUCUGUUACUUGAACUCUGAAGCAUUUAUUUGGGCUGCAAUCUGAGGUGCAGUUAACUCUAAUGAAUUUUAUCCACUGCAGCAGAGGUUACUCUGUGUCUUCCAUUCCUGUGGCGGUCCUCAUGAGAGCCAGUUUCAUCAUAGCGCUUGAUGGUUUUUGCGACUGCACUUGAAGAAACUUUCAAAGUUCUUAAUGUUCCGUAUUGACUGACCUUCUUGUCUUAAAGUAAUGAUGGACUGUCGUUUCUCUUUGUUUAUUUGAGCUGUUCUUGCCAUAAUAUGGACUUGGUCUUUUACCAAAUAGGGCUAUCUUCUGUAUACCCCCCCUACCUUGUCACAACAAAACUGAUUGGCUCAAACGCAUUAGGAAAGAAAAGAAAUUCCACAAAUUAACUUUUAAGAAGGCACACCUGUUAAUUGAAAUGCAUUCCAUGUGACUACCUCAUGAAGCUGGUUGAGAGAAUACCAAGCGUGUGCAAAGCUGUCAUCAAGGCAAGGGGUGGCUAUUUGAAGAAUCUCAAAUAUAAAAUAUAUUUUGAUUUAUUUAACACUUGUUUUUGUUACUACAUGAUUCCAAAUGUGUUAUCAUAGUUUUGAUGUCUUCACUAUUAUUCUAAAAUGUAGAAAAUAGUAAAGAAUUAAGAAAAACCCUGGAAUGAGUAGGUAUAUCCAAACUUUUGACUGGUACCUCCUAUAAGUCCCUAUGAUCCGUAAACCGUACAUGAUACAGACAACAUCUUGGUGUCAUUAUACUCCUAAUAGUGUGCUUUAACAUAUGGAGUAUGUCUAGAUUCUGAAAUACACAUUUUCACAAUUAUUCUAAAAUGGAUAAAUCGUUUUUUCCCCUCAUCAAUCUACAUACAAUACCCCAUAAUGACAAAGAAAAACUGGUUUUUAGAAAUGUUUGCAAAUGUAUUAAAACUGAAAUAUAACAUUUACAUAAGUGUUCAGACCCUUUACUCAGUACUUUGUUGAAGCACCUUUGGCAGCGAUUUACAGCCUUGAGUCUUCUUGGGUAUGACGCUACAAGCUUGGCACACCUGUAUUUGUGGAGUUUCUCCCAUUCUUCUCUGCAGAUCCUCUCAAGCUCUGUCAGGUUGGAUGGGGAGCGUCGCUGCACAGCUAUUUUCAGGUCUCUCCAGAGAUGUUCGAUCGGGUUGAAGUCCGGCCUCUGGCUGGGCCACUCAAGGACAUUGAGACUUGUCCCGAAGCCACUCCUGCGUUGCCUUGGCUGUGUGCCUAGGGUCGUUGUCCUGUUGGAAGGUGAACCUUCGCCCCAGUCUGAGAACCUGAGCGCUCAGGAGCAGAUUUUCAUUAAUGAUCUCUCUGUUUUUUGCUUCGUUCAUCUUCCCCUCGAUCCUGACUAGUCUCCCAGUCCCUGCCGCUGAAAAACAUUCCCACCGCAUGAUGCUGCCACCACCAUGCUUCACGUACGGAUGGUGCCAGGUUUCCUCCAGAUGUGACGCUUGGCAUUCAAGCCAAAUAGUUAAAUCUUGGUUUCAUCAAAACAGAGAAUCUUGUUUCUCAUGGUCUGGAAGUCCUUUAGGUGCCUUUUGGCAAACUCCAAGCGGGCUGUCAUGUGCCUUUUACGGAGGAGUGGCUUCCGUCUGGCCACUCUACCAUAAAGGCCUGAUUGGUGAAGUGCUGCAGAGAUGGUUGUCCUUCUGGAAGGUUCUCCCAUCUCCACAAAAUAACUCUGGAGCUCAUUGGUUCUUGGUGGUUCCAAACAUUUCUUCAGCAUUGAAGGUCCCCAAGAACGCUCAGGACCUCAGACUGGGGCUAAGGUUCACCUUCCAACAGGACAACGACCCUAAGCACACAGCCAAGACAAUGCAGGAGUGGCUUCGGGACAAGUCUCUGAUUGUCCUUGAGUGGCCCAGCCAGAUCCCGGACUUGAACCUGAUCGAACAUCUUUGGAGAUACCUGCAAAUAGCUGUUUAACGACGCUCCCCAUCUAACCUGACAGAGCUUGAGAGGAUCUGCAGAGAAUAAUUAUGUAAAUGUUAUAUUUCAGUUUUUAUUUUUAUAAAUUUGCAAGAAUGUUAUUAUGGGGUAUUGUUGCCAUAACAAAGGGGUUGAAUACUUAUUGACUCAAGACAUUUCAGCUUUUCCUUUUUAAUUAAUUUUGUAAAAUGUUCUAACAACAUAAUUCUACUUUGACAUUAUGGGGUAUUGUGUGAAAAAAUCUCAAUUGAAUCCAUUUUAAAUUCUGUCUGUAACACAAGAAAAUGUGGGAAAAAGUCCAAGGGGUUGUGAAUACCUUCUGAAGGCACCGUAGGUCUAAAAUGGCCACUUUCAUCAGGAUUUUCAAAAACUCCUCUAGGCUUUUCCAGUAGACUGCAAUAACUGUUGUUGUUGUGAUGUAUACUGAACCCAGGUCUUGUAGUUGUACAUUCAAAUGCCAUAAACACUCCAUUGCUGGGUUGCCUCUGAUUGGACCGGUUUUAUCAUUUGUAGCCUACAACUUCUUGCUUUGGGCUAAGUAGACCACAAUGCCACAGGGGAGUGAUUGGGGACACUGCCAUGCAAACUGAUGUCUUUACUCUAGGUCAAUUCAAUUUCUCCCCCUUCUCCUCAAACUUUGUACUCAUUCAUUAUCUGUCAAUUAAGUCAAAGUUGGUGAACUGUUCAUCUGCUGUUCAGUAGACCAGAAGGGAAGCCCUACUCGUGAACUACAGUAAACCAUUCAGGCAGUACCACAUUUAAUCUACCUGGUUAUUAAAACAGACAAUAUUAAGGAAGGCUGUGUCACCAUUCCCACCCCCCCCCCCCCCGUAUCUUAACUUUUAUUCUUAUCACCAGGUACAUCAACACUCAUGCAGGCUCUGGCGGCCAAUGGGACAGCUAGCCUGCAGAGUGCAGUGGCAGGAGUCACCGCAGUCUCCGGGGUGGCGGGGAAACGGCGCUUCGGGGAGCAGCGCUCGGUCUUCGAUAAGCGCCUUCGGUUCAGUGUCCGGCAGACGGAGAGCGCCUAUCGCUACAGGGACCUCGUCGUCAAGAAGCAGGACGGCUUCACCCACAUCCUGCUCUCCACCAAGUCCUCGGAGAACAACUCACUCAACCCCGAUGUGAGUCAUACGCCUGUCUUGUCUUUGCCCUAACAAAACAAUUGUUAUACUGCAUGACAAUUGGCGUGACAGGCCAAAAAUAGUAGUACUUCAUCGUUUAGUUAUGCCAACUUUUCCGAACACUUGGUAGUCAAAUAUAUAUGUAAGCAAAAUAUCUGAAAAGAAAGUCAAAUACUGGUCCUAUAAAAAUAUAUUGGGUUUGUUUCCUGGACACAAAUUAAGCCUAGUACUAUACUAAAAAGUAUUUCCAAUGUAAUUCUCCAUCGAAAGUGCUUCUUAAUCCAAGACUAUGCUUCAUCUGUGUCUAGGUAACUGGCCCAUAAUAAUUGUAAGUAUUUUUUUAAUGUCUCCCUCUCUGGGCUGCCUCAGGUAAUGAAGGAGAUACAGAGUGCCAUGGCCACGGCGGCGGCAGACGACAGCAAGCUGGUCCUGCUGAGCGCCGUGGGCAGCAUCUUCUGCUUCGGCCUGGACUUCAUCUACUUCAUCAGGCAUCUCACCGACGACCGCAAGAAGGAGAGCAUCAAGAUGGCAGAGACCAUUAGGUAGGUCAGAAGGUGUACUUCUGUUUCUGUUUUGUAUGUGAUUUGUUUUCAGAGAGAAAACCCCCCAAAUAUGUUAAAAACAAACAACAACAAAAAACGUUGGAAAGGGAUGGAACGAUGGCUAACCUUGGCUCUUUCUCGAUUGUCCAAAAAUGUGACCUCGUCGUCCUUGUCCCCCUUACCAUCAUCUGCACUGAUUGGAGAAAACAUAAUGGUGGAAUGGUUGGUUUCAUCUCUGGUCAGUUCUUUCAGAUCAGUACAAGUGACAGAUUUGUAGACGGUUAUAAUCAUCGGUUAUUUUGAACAGGUGAUGAGUAGAACGUUAGCUGUGUGUUGUAGUGGCAGUCUUUGUAAUAAUGCCACAGAAGACGGUGAUGCAGAUAGUCUGUCAUUCCCAUCCUCAGGACAUUCGUGAACACGUUCAUCCAAUUCAAGAAGCCCAUCAUCGUAGCCGUGAACGGGCCGGCGGUGGGCCUCGGAGCCUCCAUCCUCCCGCUGUGUGACGUUGUCUGGGCCAACGAGAAAGCCUGGUUUCAGACGCCCUAUACCACCUACGGACAGACACCCGACGCUUGCGCCUCCCUCACCUUCCCUCGCGUCAUGGGCGUGGCCUCGGUGAGUUUAUACGGCGUUGUCUGAAAAAUCCUCCUCAGAGGGGGAGUAGUCCAGCACAGCAAUACAGAUAUAGUGUGGGGAACUGGUUUUAAGUGUAGCACUCACUGGGCUGGUUUUCCUGCGAUGGGGAAUCGAUCCUGUCCAAUUCAAAAAAUAAGAAUGGAGUGGGACAGCUAUUAAUACUAACGGUGAACUACUAUUAAUACUAUUCCAGUCCUUUGCUUAGCCUCACCCCCUCUUCUCCCCUCUUCUCCCCAGGCCAAUGAGAUGUUGCUGAGUGGGCGGAAGCUGACAGCCCAGGAGGCCUGCGCUAAAGGCCUCGUGUCCCAGGUGCUGUGGCCCGGGACUUUCACUCAGGAGGUGAUGGUUCGCAUUAGGGAGCUAGUCUCUUGUAAUUCAGUUGUAAGUCAUCCUUUUCAUUUGAUUUUGAAGUUUUUAAAUAUUUUGUGGCAUCUCUUUUCCACAGAGUACGACCCUCUCCCUCACUUUUGUCUUUUAUUUUCUCGCUCAUCAAAAACAAACAUUUUCUCACCGACACUCAUAUACAGUUAUGUUGUCUGUAUCAUGUACGGUUCACAGAUCAUACGGUCUUACAAGAGGCAUGUACAGUGCAUUCGGAAAGUAUUCAGACCCCUUGAAUUUUUCCAUAUUUUGUUACGUUACAGCCUUAUUCUAAAAUGGAUUAAAUUGGUUUUUUUCCCCUCAUCAAUCUACACACAGCACCCCAUAAUGGAAAUGCAAAAACAGGUUUUUAGACAUUUUUGCAAAUAUAUACAAUAAUAAAACGGAAGAAAUCACAUUUACAUAAGUAUUCAGACCCUUUACUCAGUACUUUGUUGAAGCACCUUUGGCAGCGAUUACAGCCUCAAGUCUUCUUGGAAGAGUCUUGGGGGUUCCAAACUUCUUCCAUUUAAGAAUGAUAGAGGCCAUUGUGUACUUGGGGAGCUUCAAUGCUGCAGAAAUGUUUUGGGUACCCUUCCCCAGAUCUGUGCCUUGACACAAUCCUGUCUCGGAGCUCUACGGACAAUUCCUUCAACCUCACGGCUUGGUUUUUGCUCUGACAUGCACUGUCAACUGUGGGACCUUAUAUAGACAGGUGUGUGCCUUUCCAAAUCAUGUCCAAUCAAUUGAAUUGGCCACAGGUGGACUCCAAUCAAGUUGUCGGAACAUCUCAAGGACGAUCAAAGGAAAUUGGAUGCACCUGAGCUCAAUUUGGAGUCUAAUAGCAAAGGGAAUGAAUACUUAUGUAAAUAAGGUAUUUCUGUUAUUUUCAACAUUUGCAAAAAUGUCUAAAAACCUGUUUUUGCUUUGUCAUUAUGGGGUAUUGUGUGUAGAUUGAUUAUUCAAUUUUAGAAUAAGGCUGUAAUGUAACAAAUGUGGAAAAAGUCAAGGGGUCUGAAUACUUUGUGAAUGCACUGUACAUACACAUACACACACUCUCCUAGCCAUAGUGUCCACUUGAAUUGUUAUAUUUUCAAUGUCUCUCAACUUGAAACGGACCAAGAGUAGGGCCGGGAUGAUAUCAGUGUUGCAAUAUUUUUCCCAUGGCAAAAAAGAAAACACAAAGCAGUCCAAACUCUUUGGUCCUUUAAAAACCUUCUGUAUGUAAAAUAUUGUGUGCAAUAGCUUGGAAAAUGAAUAAAUAAAUGUGACUGGAUGACAACAAUGAUUGUUUCCAACAUUAGGGCUGUUUUCCUAAAGAAGUUAAAUCUGCUUCGUGUUUUGUUUCCUUGCCACGAUACGAAUGAGUAUCGCGAUACUGGUAUCGUCCUGGCCCUAACCAAGAGUGUGUUGUUUUAAAUUAACAUAAUGCUUUUAGCAAUACAUUGAAUUGAGAUCAUGUCACAAAACAUCUGGAUGUUGCAGAAUUGCUCAUGAAUCUUUUCAUUGAUGACAUAAAAGUGAUGUCAUGUCCCAGAAUUAAAUGUUAAACAAAUCUAUGCCAAUAUCCUUCAAUGCAUCCAUAUCCAUAAAUCAUUUUCCUUUUUUUUCUUCUUUUUUUCUGGCGGGUGGGGUGGGGCGGCCUCUGUUUGCUGCACUGUAGGUCCUGCGGGAGUCAAAAGCACUGGUGCGAAACGCAAACCGGGCCGCCCUGGAGCAGGCCAAUGAACGCGAAUGCGAGGCACUGAAGAGAGUGUGGGGCUCCUCGCAGGGGGUGGACUCCAUCCUCAAAUACCUGCAGAAGAAGAUUGAUGAGUUUUAA